AGGGAGAGGAUGGCGGAGGAUGGGAAAGAAGAGUCUGUAGCUGCUGACGAUGAUUUCUACCACACGGCCGCGGACAGGCGAAACAGCUUAAACAACACGAUGGUGGAGGAGGGCUCCACGCUCCUGCGCAGAAUGGAGAUCUGUGUUGCUGAGGCUGAGAAGAGGAGCGGCAAAAACGCAGUGAACAUGCAGGAGACGUUCACCGUGUACCUCGUCGAAACACGGCCAAUGGAUGCAGUUGCCGAUGGUCGUAACCCAGCCCCGGACUCUUUGUGGAGGAGAUACAGUGAAUUUGAACUGCUGCGGAACUACCUAAUAGUUACCUAUCCAUACAUCGUUGUCCCCCCGUUGCCUGAGAAGAGGGCAGAGUUUGUGUGGCACAAGCUGUCGGCAGACAACAUGGAUCCAGACUUUGUGGAGCGCCGCAGGGUCGGGCUGGAGAACUUUCUGCUUCGUGUGGCGUCCCAUCCUGUCCUCUCCAAUGACCAGAUCCUCUACCACUUCCUCACUGAGGAACAUGGCUGGAAGGAAGUGGUGUAUGAGACAGGAUUUCAGGCCAAGGCAGAUUCCAGGCUGAGAGCUCUCAGUGCCACCUUCAGGGUGAGAAAUCCAGAUAAACGCUUCAUGGAAAUGAAACACUACAGCGAUGAGCUGCAGUCUCACACAUCUCAGCUGCUCCGAGCACGAGCAAGGGUUGCAGAUCGACUCUACGGUGUUUACAAGGUCCAUGGGAACUAUGGAAGAGUCUUCAGUGAGUGGAGUGCCAUAGAGAAAGAGAUGGGAGAUGGACUCCAAAGUGCCGGUCAUCAUAUGGAUGCAUAUGCUGCAUCAAUAGAUGACAUCUUAGAAGAAGAGGAACAUUAUGCGGACCAAAUGAAGGAAUAUCUCUUCUACGCUGAAGCUCUUAGAGCAGUGUGCAGGAAACAUGAGCUGACCCAGUUUGAGCUCGAGAUGGCCUCCCAGGACCUCGUCUCCAAGAAGCAGCAGCGUGAGGAGCUGGCCACAGGGAUUGUGCGGACGUUCUCCUUCAAAGGAAUGACCAACAAGCUUUUUGGCCAGGAGGCCCCUGAGCAGAGAGAGGCCAGACUGAAGCUGCUGGAGGAACUGAUAGCAGAGGGUGAAGAGACCGUCAAGGAGAAAACCAUGGAGUGCGAAGAGCACGUUGAAAAGGCAUGGGUGGACAUGCAGCGCUUCAAGGAGCAGAAAGACAAAGAUCUGCGGGAAGCGCUCAUCAACUAUGCUGUCAUGCAAAUCAGCAUGUGCAAAAAGGGAAUACAAGUGUGGAGCAAUGCUAAAGAGUGUUUCCUCAAAAUGUAAAGUCAAAGCCUAAUUUAAUGGAUGCCCACGCUCGGCGAUGCUCAGGUGUGGAUGCUGGGAGUGGAUGCCAGUGACCUGUGGCUAAGGUCUGAAAACAACCACAGUGAAGGAACAAAACUGUGUUUGAAGAUAUAUAAUUUCAUGUGUUUACACAAAAUGGGUCCACAUGCAGCUAACUUGUUUAAUGAACAUAUAUUUACAAAAAUGAAUCUAAUUGAUGAGGUAAGACAUCAAAUAUAGUCUUUGUUUUGUUUUCAGUUGAAUAUACGUCAAAAAAGAUGAGCUAUUUAUCACAUUCUGUUUCAUUUACUUUUGGAGUUGAGCCUGUACUGCCAGACAUUGAGAUGCAGACUUCCAAUAAGCCUUUGGACCCUCGUAGCUCAUCAUACACAUAUGAGACUGAUUCAGCCUUUAGUACAUAACCAAUUUAGAAAAGUAUAUAUACAAUAAAUAAAAGAUCUAGAAGUUGAUAUGGAAUCAUUAUGAUGAUACAAAAUACAAAACAUAUUAAAUGUGAUUGUUUCAGGUCAGCAUACAAAAACCAAUUAUCACUUUCGUUUAUGCUUUAACUGAAUCAGUCAAGGUGAAGAGGCCAGAUGUUGAAUCCAUGUUGUGAUGUCCAGAGUAAUAUAUUGUACUAAUGUACAGUGAGCUGCCCAGGAGAGUCAUGACACUCAGUCUAACAUGAUUUUGUCAGUUUAAUUAAAUUGAAUCUUAAUUUAUUGACUGAAAUGUUCUCAUGUUUCAUGUUAUUUAUUAACUAAUAAAUAAUAAUUCAUUGUCCACACCCUUUUAUAUUUCAAAUUUUAAUGCUCAGUUAGGAUGUAGCUCUUGUCUGUUCUAUUUAUUUGAAUAAAAUGUGU